GUCGCUACUUUGGUUCGGUCUCAUGAUCAUACAUAAGAUCAUUUUUAUUGGAGAAAUGACACACGAGCAUUUAUAUCAAAUGGCUGCGGGUUAAGAGGCUACAAUCUUGAUCAACAAUUUUGAGUUGUUGAAGUUUUGCUGUCCUGUAACCAUGGCAACCAUACCUGGAUCUGUGGGACUGCCAGUUUUAGGAGACAAGUCGUAUGAAUUCUACAAGGAUCCAGUGAAGUUCUGUCAGAAAAAUAUGAACAGUCACAAAUGUCGACUUUUCUACAAUAGAUUUUUGAAUAAACCAACAGCAUUUAUCUGUAGUAACAACGCUGUUCACGAACUACUGACAGUCCACAACGAAUCACUAGAACUAGGAUACAAGGCCUUUAUGGGAGAGAUAUUUGGAGACAACAUCUUGUUCUCUGAUGGAGAAGAUGCCAGGAAAUUGCGAAGUUCUUUAAAACAGCUGUUCACUCUGGAAUCCAUAGAUACUUACCAGCUUACAAUAGACAGUGUGGUGGACAAAGCUGUAGCGACCAUCAAUCCAAAGGAACCAACAUGUGUGUAUUCACUUAUGAAAAAAAUUUGUACAGAGAUUUGUCUGAGUGUAUUCCUAGGGCUAAAUUUUACUGAUGCCUGCCAGACAGCUAACACAAUUGUGGCCUUGACAACCACACAUUGGCAUGGUAUAAUUUCUGUACCUUUACCUCUAAAACUGCCGAUGACAAGUGGCUCUACCUACAGUCAAGCUCUCAAUGCAAAGGAUUCACUUUUAAAGAUUAUAAUCUCAAAACGAGAAGAAAGUUCAGGACAGUUUGCUCAGAAAGUGGAGGAUGCAGCAUCAACAAGUGAAGACGGGCUUCGUGAAGUCUUCAUCAAUAAUCAUCUUCUGCUGUUUACUUCUGCACUGGUACCCAAGGCAUUGUCUUCCCUGCUGACCUCUCUAAUCAUGGAGGUGGGAAAAGAGAAGGGAGAUUUACAGGAGAAGCUUCUCAGUGACCCAGAAAUGAUGGAAGCUGUGCUAUUAGAGGUACAGAGGCUUUAUCCUCCAUUCCUUGGUGGACGCAGGAUCGUGAAAAAGGAUAUAGUGUUAGGAGGGUAUAAAAUUCCUGCCGGACAUUCAAUAUUGUAUGUGACCCAGGCUGCCCACCGUGACCCUGAUGCCUUCGCCGACCCUGAUACAUUUAAUCCACACCGUUGGAUUAACUGCUCACCAGCACAGAAGGAGAAGCUAUUUUGUUUUGGAGCUGGUCCACGUAACUGUAUAGGCCGGCAUCUGGUAUGGAAGAUACUUCAGACCAUUAUUGUGCGUCUCCUUUGUUCCUGGAAAUUUGAGCUUCUAGGUAACCAGGAUUUCAGUCACAAAUGGCUGCCAGUUUCUAAACCAAAACAGGAUGUCAAAGUUCAGUUCUCUAGUCGUAAUGCAGCAUAGAAUGUUGAAAUGUUCAACUUGUGAUUUAUCUGCGAUAAGCUAUUUGUCCUGACACAAGUGACAUGUCAGACAACAUUUGCAUUGAAAUCUUAAUAUUAUAUUAUAUUAGAUUUGAGAUUAUUCUGGAUACAAUAACACAAUGACUGAAUAAUUGAUAAUAUGAUGUACUCAAGAACUGCAUUUGAGCAAGAAGAUUACUGUACAAUUAGUGCUCAAUAUUUAAUGGAAAAUCUGGAAGGCUAGGGAAAUUAAGAGGAUUACAUGAAUUUGUUUAUACACACACCUAUGUAGAUUAGCCUUGAAUUACCCAGAUUGUCCAAUAAAUCUCUGAUUAAAGUGCAGAGAUAGGCUUUUUACAGGAUAUUAAAACAGUAUUUUUUACUGUAUCUGACAUGGAUGGGCUUAUUAUUAUAAAAAAACAGGGUUAUUAUUUCUUCAUACAUAAAGUAAAGACAUUAGUCAUGUCAACAGCAUAUCAAAAUAAUGUGAUCCUCAGUCAUGUUUUCCUAUAUACCGGUGAUAUAUGUAAUAUAUUGAAGAUGUUAUUUAAAUUCAUAUAUCAAUUCUGUACAUAAUCAGAGAAAACUUGUUUUUUUAAAUCUGCUUUAACAAUCUUCAGUAGCCUUGUGAUUUUAGAAAUCGUUCUGUAUCUGUAACAUCUAAACAGUAUUGAAUAACAUUUUUUUGCAUAUUCAGUAUACAGGUAUGAAUAAGUGAUGGUUUAAUAUAUAUUCUGUUAAAAAGAAAAUAGUUUUUCAAGCUGUAUGAGCAAAGGAAAAGUGAAUAUUCUGCUUUUCUCAAAUUCCUAAUUGAAGAAAUUGCUGUACAUAUUUAAAACUAACUAUAGUUUGACUCAAACUUUUUUCUCCAUUUCCAACAGCUUAUGUGAAUUAAAAAUUGAUUUGGGUGCUCAUAAUAUUACUACUUUUAUUAUUCAUUUCAAUCCUAAUUUGAAAUUUCUACCCUAUGUAUAGUUUCUCAAUUCAAGCACACGAA